ACACCAAGCACCACUCUGGUCCUCUCCUCGCAUCGCCUCUCCUCAUCUUUCCAUCUCUACACCUCUCCUCAACUCAAAAGCAAAACAGAUGGUGGAAACGCAGCACAUCUGUCCGGUCGCUCUGCAACAAUAGAUCGCAUCGAGUUGGAGUCGAGCCUGGUCAUGUCAGCGUGCGAGAACUGCUAGAGAUCCGGUGUGUUUUCUGGCUUCGCCUUUCACAACGGCUGCCGAGGGAGGACCGCGCGUCUGUCUGGGUUCUCCAACGAGCGGAGAAGAUGGCCGCCAUUAAGAUUUUAACCAGCGCGGGGCUUUUCUUGGCGUUUUGCGCUCUGGUCUUGUUGGCUAUGGCCAUCUGCACCGAUUACUGGUACGAGACGGAUGCUCGGCGGCAUCGCGAGCGCUGUAAGAACUACGCAAACAAGCGUAACGAUCCCGGAUACAUUUACAUCUCAAAUCACAACUUGCCUCUCCAGAUGCCUCCAAAGGGCUAUGAGAAGAAAGCGACGGAGGCGCGCGUGAAACGGCACGCUCCGGCUUCGGCGACGGCCAUGGAGUCUCACUGUAGCCGCCAGUUCAAUUCCACGAUAUCCGGUCUGUGGAGAAAGUGCCAUCGCGAGGGCUUUGACCUGGAGACCGAGGAUCUCAUUUACAAAGGGUUGAUUCAGAGAUGCACCCCUGUGAAGUAUCAUUACACCUCUUCAAUCCUGCCUCGAAACCUUCCUGUCAACAUCACCAAGACCAUCCGGCAAGAUGAGUGGCAUGCCCUGCAUCUGCGGAGGAUGACAGCAGGUUUUGUGGGCAUGGCUGUCUCUAUCAUUAUUUUUGGCUGGGUCAUCGGAGUUCUUGGAUGCUGUCAACAGCAUGAUCUCAUGCAGUAUGUAGCUGGACUACUCUUCCUCAUGGGCGGAACCUGCUGUAUUAUCUCCCUUUGCACGUGUGUGGCGGGCAUUAACUUCGAGUUGUCGCGUUACCCACGUUACCUGUACGGCCUUCCGGAGGACAUCAGUCAUGGGUAUGGCUGGUCCAUGUUCUGUGCCUGGGGCGGACUGGGUCUCACCCUGCUGGCCGGUUUCUUAUGCACGCUGGCCCCUUCUUUAAGCAGCCCCUUGGCCCGCACCACAGUCCACAAAUCCAGGCACGAAAAUGGGACUGUGUGAUCAGAGACUUCUGGAGCAACACACAAAUGUAUACAGUGUCUACAUAAGGACAACGCAUCUGGCCUAUUCAUCAUCAUGCAGUAUAUUGACUGGAUCAUUUCUCUUUCCAUGUUCAUAUGACUCCAGUGACUCUUGUUGAUCACCGUUGUCAACACAACUUGUGUACACCGUCCAUUUGUUUAAAAGGUUGAAGUCUGUAAAUGGCCUGAACACUGCUGAUAAAGUCAAAUGGAGACACAAGCACAGACCACCAAGCAUCUUCCACCGUCUCACAUGUCUCACUCUGGUUCUUUGUGGCACAAAAAAAAAAAAACCCAAUGAAAAUGGGGACGGAGAAGCGAGCUGGAGGCGACUGUCUUCUCUCCAAGAGGAUAAAACGGUGCUCUCUUUUCAAAAUCACACAACUGCACAGAAAUCUUUUCAAAGACAACAAAUAAAUCUACGGUUUUUCUUAUAGCUGACUGGCGGUGUGGAGGAUUGUGAGUCCGGAGUGAAGAGGGGAGCAACGGAAAGGAGAGAGAAAAGUAUUUCUGUCACUCAAGCUUCGAGAAGCACAUUUCCCAAGGCCUCAAAGAGUCCGUAUGUGUAAAAAUACUUUGUUUUGUCUAGAUUUCAGGUAUAUUUGUAUGAAAUUAUGCUUGGGAUAUAAAUGAAGCCUUUUCUCUCUUUGUUAUGAUUGUAACGAUCGGUGACAUGGCUAGCUGUUUUGAGGAAUCUGACCAAAUUUGAAGAAUUUCGGGCAUGUGAAUUACCAACUUAAUGAAAAUGUUUUGGGGGUAUUUCUGAACAUCAUUUCUCAUGAAGCCUUAUUGCUGUUAUGAGCACAACAUGAUUCGAAUCAGAGUUAUACGAGAGCUCAGCACCUUCCAACCACAACUGAAUGUUGCUGAAUAGUCAAGAUACGGUUACAGCUCGGGCUGCACAUGCAAGAUUUUGAAGGAAAUUCAGUGUGGUUUAGCCACAAAAAGUGACGAUAGAACAGCGUUAUGUACAGAAUUUAAAUCAAGAUGAUGGAUUGCAGGUAGAGUGUUUGAUAUACAGUACGGUACAUGACACGCAACAAGCUAUAAUGUUUACAUCAUGUAAUGUUUGUACUUAGAUGACUCCAACCAAACAAUAUUUUAAAAACCCCAACAGGCCUGGAAGUUUUAUUCUAGUAAUAAUCUAGUAAUAUCUUUUUUUUAAGUGAGUGUUUCCACAUUAUCAUGAAUAAUUCAUAUUGAUUCUUCUCUCACCAAUGGAUAUUAUUUAUUGAGGAUGCUACUGUGAAAAGCACAGUUUCCAUAAAACAUUUACCAGCACCUCACAUGUCUUUGCCAAAUGUUCAUUGAUAAUCUCCUAGACCUCCACAGAACCCAGAUCAAUUCUUGAGCACAAUGUACUGAUGUUGAUAUUAACUGUGGGAUGAAACGCAAUAGAUAAUGUAAGACUUUAAAGAUGGCAAAUACUGUGGAUGUAUUCCAAGUGCGCACUGGAAACUGUGGAGUCCAGUCAUUUUUAGGGUAAAGCUUACAGCUGAUUGGCACAAACAUUUAUGUCACAGACAUAAAAUGAACAAAGCCAAAAGAACAAAUCCCUUUAGGUGGAUAGGAAAGUGCUGUAUUGAGUGUGACCUUUCUGAUGAACUGCAGAUCAGGUAUUGACUGAAAAUAUAGUGGCAAAGAAGUAAUAAACACCACUUGGGAAAAGAUUUUUGUUAAACGUCUGAAAAUGUGAAUGUUUUGGACAGGAUUUGAAAAAAGAGCACAAGAACAAUGUGGGAAAAAAAGCUUUUCUAAUAAAAGCAGCUUCAGCUGUUUUGUCAUUUAUGGGAAGAUAUGAGAGACAUUUGUACAAAAGCUGCCAUAUUCUUUGGCAGCUGAAGUAGCACAACUCUUUUAUUUAUUUUUGGGUAUGAACUGUUUUUACUGGUUCAUUUCAUAAUUACAGCUGGAGAAAACAAGUAUCAUUGUCUCGCAUGCCGUCAUAUUGAUUCAUUUCAGUGUAUUUAGAUUGUGUCAAUUUUU